AUGGAAUUUGGAAAGAAGAAUACCUUCCUAACCAAAGUAAGUGAAUCUGACAUAGAGGGUUUGGAAUUCUAUGCCAUAAGGUUGCCAAAAGAAAUAAGGAAGCCCAUAAUCCGUAAGUAUGAGGCAAUCUUUGACCUUGUUAUUGUUCAUGUUCAAAAGGAAGGUUUAACUGCUUUAGCUCAAUUCUAUGAUCCUGAAUUGAGAUGCUUUCAUUUCCAUAAUUUUCAAAUAGCCCCCACCCUUGAAGAGUUUCACAAGAUCUUAGGGCCUCCUAAGAAUGCAAAGGGUCCUUUCAAAGCAAUAGGUUAUUGUCCCUUAAUUGGGGAAAUUCCUGAUUAUUUUCACAUUCAUGUUGAUGAUAUACAAGCUAACUUAAGGGUCCAAGAGGGUUUCAAGGGUUUCUCAAAGGGUUUUUUUUGGAAAAUAAAGCUGUUAAUUUUGUUUCCUACAAGAAUUGGGAGGUAG